AUGGGUGGUAUUCAUUCAAAUAAACGAAUUAAUAAAACAGAAUUAAAAAAACUUUCAGCGAAAACACAUUUUACUGAAGGACAAAUUAAAAAAUGGUAUAAAGGAUUCAUUAAAGAUUGUCCUUCAGGUCUAUUGAAUCGUUCAACAUUUCUUAGUAUGUAUACACAAUUUUUUCCAGAUGGUAAAGCUAGAUUAUUCUAUGAACAUUUAUUUCGUACAUUUGAUCAAGAUGCUAGUGGAAGUAUUGAUUUCAAUGAAUUUUUAACAGCUAUUAGUAUUACUCAAUCAGGUAGUCCAGAGGAAAAACUUGAAUUGGCUUUUCAAUUAUAUGAUAUUGAUAGAAAUGGAACAAUUGAAGAAUAUGAAAUGACACAAAUUAUUAAAGCUAUUCACUUAAUGGUUGGUGAUAUUGACGAAGAGAAUAGUAAAACACCAGCAGAACGAACAAGAACAAUUUUCACCAAAAUGGAUAUUAAUUCAGAUAGUGUAUUGACAAAAGAAGAAUUUAUUCAGGGAUGUUUGAGUGAUGAACAUUUAUAUCGAUUACUUGCUCAGAAUGAUGGUCAAAAACAGUAG